AGUGUUAGAUCGAUCGAAUAAGCGCAGGCCGUAUUGGGUCAUAGACGCAGAGUUACUGAAACUCUCCCCUUCCAACUGGAAACUAUCUUACAGUGUUUGAUUUGUUUGUGAUUUUUGACAAUAAACAGUUAAAAACCUCUGGGUUAGAAAAGGAAUUGGCAAUGUCCCCAACGAGUUCGACAUCUGACAGGAUGACCGUGCAAGAACAGGUGGUCAGCGUGAUGGAAGAAAUGCAAAUUCUAGGCACAUUAGAUAAACUCAUCGCUGCUUCAGAGCACAUUUGCAUUGCAACUCCGCUGGGUACUGGCGACUUCCUGGCCGAUUUACAACAAGCAUUCCGGCUCAAUGGCAUUGAAACGUGCAUCAAGAACGCGUUGGUUUUGUCUCGCAGACGCAAAAACAUUAAAGAAGAGCAAGAACAAUUGAAUUAUAUGAGGAAAGCUCAAACCCACUUCGAACGUCGUGUCAGCAAAGCCCUCUUGAACCUCCAAACGGACUUGAAACUCUCCUUGGUUCGUCAACGGUCAUCGUCUGAGGCCCAAGAACUAUCCUCAAAAUGGGACGAACUCAGUACUUACGAUCAAGACGUCGGCUCCAUCCGUAAUCUGUACUCGUCCCAGGACCUAUACGAAGCGGUGGUGGCUCUCCGGGAUCCUGAUUACUCCAUUAACCGGUUGGAAGAGAAAUGGAGCGCAGUCAAGAUACCUUUAAAUGUACCAACCUUUGAGGAUCUGCAAGAGUUCUUUUCAGACGUUUGCACGAGUGUUGACCCCUUUCUGGGACUUGGCUCAGCUCUCGUACUUCAAGGCAAUUCAAAUGUGACCCUGCUAAACCACCGGAUCACCCUUGGAACAAAAGUGGUGGCCGAGAAUGACAUCCUGCUGUCGGAGGAAUUUGUGAAAGGUGGAUGUCCAUCUCAUCUACGCGGUCGUCUCUGGAAGCAAGUCCUUUUAUCUCACGUCGGGGAUAAAGAGAAGACCUAUUUCCAGGCUAAAAAACAAGCAGUCAUCCAAACAGAGUACUUGACGGACAAAAUCAUAAUGAAGGACAUUCAACUAACGGCGUCAAGAGACGAACAUUAUUUCGUUUACGAAGAUCUCAUCUACCAGGUGUCACUCUGCUUUUCACGGGACCCUUACGUCUACCUCCAACUGUGUUCCAAAUUCGGGUCGAGAGCCCAGACAGCAACACGUUUCACUCCACUUGAUGUUUCCAGUAAUGGCAGCAAGACUGGUACUGUAAAGGCCGAUGGCGAUGCUCCUGGUGGUCAAACUAUUACUACGUCAGCUUUCCCGCCGUCCAGUUGCAUCCCUUUCUAUGGCUGGGCUAUGUACGUGGCUCCACUUUGCUACGUCCACGAAGAGGCGGAAGAUAUCUACUACACGUUGCGCGCCAUGUACAUCAAAUAUUGGUCGCGAUUACAUCGAUUAUCAUCCCACAGACAGGGUAUUGUCUCACUGGCUAUUCUGUUCGAACGACUUCUUCAACAGCAGGAACCAGAGCUCUGGAUUCACUGUCUCAAUAACAACAUUGAGCCACUGAGAAUUGCCAUGCCGUGGAUGGUGCAAGCUUUCAGCGGCUUCCUCAUUCCGGAACAAUUGCUCUUCUUGUGGGAUCUCAUUCUGGGCUUUGAUUCUUUGCUUCUACUUCCGCUGUUGGCUGCUAGCGUCUUCAGUUUACGCCGAGAGAAUUUGCAUCGCAUUCUUUCACACGAUUCUGCAGAGACCAUCCUCUCCGACUUGUCCACCAUCCAGGUAGUGCCUCUACUCCAGAUGGCUCUCACCCAACACACCGGAUAACACGAAGUCAAUCACAUUUCUGGAAUGAUUGUGUGAGGAUUGUAGAAUAAAGGCCGAUUCUUUAAAAUGCAAUAAAAUAAACAACACAAUGUUUUGGAAAUUAGAUAUAUUUCGGUAUGGCUUGAUUUUAAAAAAAAAACACAUUUGGCAAAAAUAAAAAAUUAAGUAAAGCAAAUGGAUAACCUGUUUUGAUAACACGAAAUUCUUGCACGUUUGUAACUGCUGCCUCAGGGUCUUCUCUCGCCAUCAAAUGACAGACAUAAAAAAAAAUAUAGAUAGAUAGAGAAUACCGACUGGUGAAAAUGGACACGUUCGUGUGGCUAGAUCACACACGUGAAUGGCUUUGGCAUUUGGAAACAGGUGAAACGGGCAAGGUGAGAAUUCAGGGCGAAGCGAUAUUACGUCAUUGCUCGCUCGAGGCUAAACAAGUCGAGACUAAGAUGAAGGUGAAAUUGUUUUCAAAGAGUAGUAGUGCGAGUGGAGUAGGUCAUGACUCCAGGGCGAGUUUUUGUUGUUGUUGAAUGAAUGAAAUGUGAAACGCGGAAAUCAUUCGACAUCGAGAAAAACGGACGAUCCGCAUAUAUUUAUUGUAGUCAAUGAAAAAAAAAAAGGGGAGUAUAUCCACGUGAAAGGUGGAAGGAUGGGAAGAUACAGCAUAUCGGAGAUAGAUUAAACAUUACGAAAAAAAGGAAAAGGGGAGUUAUUGUAACAAAGAAACAAAUCAGUGAGGGGAAA